CAACAUCGCAAUGCUUGCACGGCUGUAGGUCGCUCUCUUUUCUCAAUUUUUCCUUCAUGGCGCCCAAGCUGAUCUCUGCCAACACCACCACGUUCUCCCACACUUUUUGUGCGGAGAACCCUAAGAAGCUGGAUGAGGUCUACACCAUGGAAAAGAAGCCCUUGGGCGAGGGCUCUUACGGUCAAGUGACCAAGGGCAUCCACAAAGACACCGGCGCUGUGAGGGCCAUCAAAGCGAUCAACCGGCACAAGAUCUCGGACCAUGGACGUUUUCAAGUCGAGGUGGACAUUCAGUCCUCACUUGACCAUCCCAACAUCGUGAAGCUCUACGAAGUCUUUCAGGACGCCAAGCGAUUCUACCUCGUGAUGGAGCUAUGUACAGGUGGAGAGCUUUUUGAACGGAUCGUGGCGGAGUCGGAGAAGCAUGACGGGGCCCGGGCGUUUGAUGAACGUGGGGCUGCGACCUACAUGCAGCAGAUCCUUGGAGCUAUGAGCUAUCUCCACAAGAACAACUUCGUUCAUCGGGAUAUCAAACCGGAGAACUUCCUCAUGCAGAACCAGGAGGCCAAUGCUGAUAUUAAAGUCAUUGACUUCGGAUUGGCCAAGCAUUACAAGCCCGGUUCAGGAGCAACCAUGAAGACGCGAGCGGGCACGCCUUACUACGUGUCCCCGCAGGUCCUGGCUGGUGCAUAUGAUGAGAAGUGUGAUGUGUGGAGUUGUGGUGUGAUUUGCUACAUCCUCUUGUGCGGCUACCCUCCCUUCUACGGCGAGAAGGACAAAGAGAUCCUCGCCAUGGUCAAGAAGGGCGAGGUGAAAUUCGAUCCUGCGGAUUGGUCUGAAGUCUCCAGUGAUGCAAUUGACUUCAUCAAGCUCAUGCUGACCUUCAAUCCUGACAAGCGGCCCAGCGCACAAGAGUUGCUCACCCACAAGUGGCUCACGACCUCUGCGUCAGCACCUGUUGGGCGCGUGGGAAAGGACUUAGGCCACAAGCUCAAGCACUUUCAAAGCAAUUCUCGGAUGAAGAAGGUGGCCUUGACACUGAUUGCACAGCAGCUGAAGGAUGAUGAACUCAAGGAGUUGAGAGACACCUUCAUUAAGUUGGACAAGGAUCGAGAUGGAACCCUUAGCUUGGAGGAAAUCCAGAAUGGCAUGAAGAUGGCAAAGGCAGAUCUUCCUGAAGACAUCGUGGAAAUCGUGCGGAACCUGGACACCGACGGCAGCGGGAACAUCGACUACACGGAGUUCAUGGCGGCCACCCUGACCAAGAAGCAGUACCUGCGCAGAGAGGUGAUGUGGGCCGCUUUCCGAGUCUUCGAUACCAAUGGGGAUGGUGUCAUCACCAAGGACGAGCUGGCCAAGAUUCUGAAGGAAGAGGACAACAUGGCGCACAUCGAAAAGAUGGUCGCAGAUGUGGACUUGGAUUCUAAUGGAGAGAUCAGUUUUGAUGAGUUUUGCAUCAUGAUGGAGAAAGACUCCGUUGGGAUCCUCGGUGCUGCCGCGGACGGUGCAGAGGCCGAGGCAAACGCCUUGCCAGAGGUUUGACACGACCGCUGGAGUUGAAUCUUCUGAAUUUCAGGACUCAACGAGUCCCGAGACACACCGGGCGUAGACGCACCGGUGGCACGCGGUCGACGAACGUGUGUGGCGUGCGGAAAAAAACUUCGAAAAGGCGGACCGUGUUGCUGCGGAGGCUGGGGUCCACUGUGCCGCAGGUGAAUACUUGCAGAG